GUAGCGGAGUAGGCAUUCACAAUCGACCAACGCGGAACGGCAUCUCCCAACAGGCUUACAGGCCAACAAGUCGCCGACUCGCCGACCGUCCUAGUGCCGACGCUUGGCUGCCUGCCUCCCUCUCCGGCUGCCCCUUCUCGGGUUAUCACAAUCUCAGCAGUCCAGGCUGCCUACUGCGCUUCAGGCAUUCAUCAAUUCGUCCUUCGUCCAAACGGCCUUCUGAGUUCUCACUUUCAGAGUUUCAGGCUUCACGCAACCGCGCUUCGUUCUUUAAGUACUCGGUGUAGUUGAGUCUUACGCUAAUCUUCCGUCUUAUUUUUGGAAAAUCCCUAUGUUUUGCUCCUACUUGUUGAAAUCCCCCUUGACAAAAUCAUAAGCUGCGGGAUUAGUUUCCUUGCGUGGAUUGAAGCAUAAAGAAAGGGUAAAUUCCACUGAGGUCGGGUUCUGUUUGUCAUUUUACAAUUUUUGAGUUCUCCAAAGCAACCAGCAAUGGCUUUGAACCCUCAAUCCCCUAUUUAUUCCUGCUGGAAUCAACAGAUCAUCGACUGUUCAUCCACAACCACUUCGACCUGCUCUUCGCCGUCUUUCACCACAGCCCUUUUCCAUCCUCCUCUCAAGAGUUUUCUGGGAGCUAGGGUUUCACUCUUCAGGAGGCAGCUCAACCCUCUAUGGCGGGCAUCAUCACGCUAUUUGCAAACUACUCAUUUCUCUAACAAUCUUAACCAGCAAGUUGUAAAGGCAGUUGCAAUUUCCAAUUCCGCAGUGGGCUUGCCUUUAACUGAAGAAAAUGUUGAGACUGUGUUGGAUGAAAUUCGACCUUAUCUCAUUGCUGAUGGAGGAAACGUGGCAUUGCAUGAAAUUGAUGGCAAUGUUGUAAAACUGAAAAUGCAGGGAGCAUGUGGCUCAUGCCCUAGUUCUGUAGUGACAAUGAAAAUGGGCAUUGAACGUCGUUUGAUGGAAAAGAUACCUGAGAUCUUUGCUGUUGAAUCCAUUCCAGAUGAAGAAACUGGCCUUGAGCUUAAUGAAGAGAAUAUAGAGAAGGUACUUGAGGAGAUAAGACCAUAUUUGGUUGGAGGGGCGGGUGGAAGUCUGGAGCUUGUUGGCAUAGAGAAUCCAAUAGUGAAGGUCCGGAUCACCGGUCCUGCAGCAGGUGUUAUGACCGUCCGUGUGGCUGUAACUCAGAAGCUCCGCGAGAAAAUCCCAUCCAUUGCCGCCGUUCAACUUUUGCAGUAAUAUAUAAACUUGUACAUAUUUUUAAAAGAAGUCAACGAGCCUUUUUAUGGAUACACCAUCCAAAUUGCCAUAGAAGCAUAAGAAUAACCUUUUACAACUCAGGAGACUGAGGCCCCUCUAAAGUAAAUAUGAUGCAGUGCUUUCGAUUGUGUUUUGUACAGUUGUGAUUUCAUCGUCUACUACAACAGUCAUUAACGUCACCGUGAAUUAUUUCGCAUUAUGCAUUAAUGUUAUGAUUGUUAUUAUGCAGUUGAGGAAAUUGAAUGAAAACAUGGGCUUUGCUGCAGAAGGAUUUUGUAAAAACUCCAAGAGUUUGAUUCCUCAGCCUGUUGUGAUUACAGUUAAUAAUAUUUCCCCUGUUUUUUAGUUGCAACACUCUUUUUUUCACGUUUGUCAACACACAACUUUGAUCAUCAUUAUAUUUAAUUUUGUAUUAGUAAAAAAACAACAAAAAU